AUGCAGAAAUAUGCAAACCAUGCACGCCAUAUAAAUGAACAUUCCUGUGUUUUUAUUCAGCAGGUCAGUGAAAACCAGAGAGUGGACCCUCUUGGAUCAUGGAUGGAUUUUGUGAAGAGACCUGUGGGCAACUUUCCCGGAAAAUGCCGAAAGCGAAAACGACCACUGCCCGGUCCCCCUGGACCUCCUGGACCUCCAGGGCCUCAGGGACCUCCUGGAUCCCCUGGGGCAGAAGUCACUCAAGAGGUCCUGCUGCGAGAGUUCAAAGAAAUGAUCAAAGAGGCCACAGAGAGACGAGCAGCAGUGGACAGGCCCAACGAACCCAGUCAGCUGCCUACAGCUCUGAUCACCCUAGAGAGUAUGACGUCCUACAGGAGAAUCGAGGAAGCCUUCCACUGCAAACUCAAAGGCCCUGUCGUUGUGGACAAAAAGACUCUGGCUGAACUGCAGAACUUUCAGACACCUCCUGCCAAAGGUGCCUUCCUCAGAGGGACGGGGAUGGACCAGUCCACUGGCCGAUUUACAGCUCCUGUAACUGGAAUUUAUCAGUUCUCUGCCAAUGUUCAUAUUGACCACACUGAGGUGAAGAAGAGUAAGAACCAGCUGAGAGCCAGAGACAAUGUCCGAGUUUUGAUCUGCAUUGAAUCACUCUGCCACAGAUAUACAUCCUUGGAAAUGAUUGUUGGCUUUGAGAGUAACAGCAAAAUAUUUACAGUAUCUGUCCACGGAAUGCUGGAACUUCAGGCCGGGCAGUACACUUCCAUAUUCGUGGACAAUGCAGCUGGAGCAUCGAUCACAAUACAGAAUGGUUCAGAUUUCAUGGGCAUGUUGUUGGGGGUAUAGCCUUGUUUUACAGCCAGACUAGAUCUGGCAGACCAUGUAAGACUGCAUAGCUCCUGUUUGGACUAUCACCCAGCACCAUAUAUCCUCAUGAGACAAUAUAUGACUGCUUACAAAGCUCUCGGCUUGUUCAUGGACUAGACAUGGACAUAUUAAAACCUACAAAGCAGAGACAGUUGGAUGCAAAACUGAAAGACUUUACCGAGGACUGUCGAUUCACAUCUGCCGCUCUCAUGUGCCGUCUACAUUGAGGUUUUUACCUCUUCAGAAAGAUCAGUUCUCACUGUUUCCACUUACCAUGUCCUAUUUUGUGAUUUAUAGAUGUAUACAAAGAGAUUUUUGUACUUUGACAUUGUGUUAUGUCCUUCCUCUUAAUUAAUAGUGUUUAUAUACAGAAUGUUUAUACACACGGUUUGUUUCUACGGUGAAAGGUUUUCUACAAUACAAGAGCUAAUCUAAGGUUUAAUCUUUUGGAUUUAUCUUAAAGGAACAUUUGACCCCAAAAUGAAAAUUUGUUGAAAAUUGACUCACCAUCAGGCCAUCCAAGAUGGGAUUGUGUUUAUUCUGAACAAAUUUGGAGAAAUUUAGCAUUACAUCACUUGCUCACUAGUGAAGGGGUGCCGUCAGAAUGAGAGUCUGAACAGCUGAUUAAAACCACAGACUGUAUAAAAACAUGGAUGUAGGUUCUGUGAAAUAUGCAUCAAUCCCUGUUUACAAACAAAAACAGUUCUAAACAAAUAUGCCGGUGGAUUUUAAUGUGAGAGGACAACAGGGGAUGGACUUUCUUACUGAAUAAAGCAUUAUUAUGGAUUAGGGUAUUUUAACGAUUUAAAGUUAAAACACCUUUGUGGUGGUCCCCUUUUGUGACCAUGCAGCUUUUCCCUUUACAUGGCAUUAAAUGGAAUGGAUUACUUGUGGAUUACUGUCAUGUUUUAAUCAGAUCUUUGACAGCAGCCAUUCACUGCAGAGGAACCACUGUUAAGCAAGUGAUUUAAUGCUGAAUGUCUUAAAAGCUGAUUCAAUGAAGAAACAAACUCGUCUUGGAUGGCCUGAGGUUGAGAAAAAAUUCAGCAUUUUUUUUUUUCAUUUUUGUGUGAACUAUUCCUUUAAAGAUUUUAUGAUCAUUUUUAUGUUAACCAAAGUGUGCACUCCUCUUGUUCAAACAUGCCUGUAUUUUUAAAUAUAACAAGCUAGACAAAGUUUAUUUACUAUGCAGCUCAGAAAAGCAUGUUGUAGUGACUUGAUUGUUGAUAAAAGAACAGAUUUUCCAUUAUACCCGGCCAAAAGAAGGAAACAGCCAAAUACAAGAAAAGAAACAAGAUGAAUGACUCGCUCGAUUUUUUACGUCCAACAGCUAACAGUCCCAAACAAUAGCAUUAAUCAAAGAGUGUGUGUGAAUGUGUGUUUGGAAAGCAUACUGCCAUGAUCGAUUCUCAUUUUGUUUACCGCAAUGCCAAAUACGUCAUCUGAAUGUUUUUCACAUCUCCAUGGAAAUUUAUUCUUGCGUUCUUUCAGAUGUGUUGUUCUUCUUCCUUUUCUCUCAAACAUCUUCUUCAGUAAAUUA